AUGGUGAUGAUAAUGAAGAACAAAAAGGAAAGAAAACCAAGUCAAGGUAGGAAAAAGAUCCCAAUACAAAAGAUCGAAAGCGAAUCAAACAGACAAGUCACUUUUUCAAAACGUCGCAAUGGCUUGUUCAAAAAAGUAUGUGAACUAUGUGUAUUGUGUGGUGCUGAAAUUGCUGUUAUCGUUUUCUCUCCGGCCGGAAAAGCUUACUCUUUUGGUAACCCACAUGUCGAUUCCACCAUAAGUCGUUUCCUAAACUCACAAGGGAAUAGUCAUGUUAAUAAUCUUCAACUGGCGGUUCGACCAGCUGAUAUUCAUCGACAUGGAUUUUCAGCGCAUGAGCAACAUCAGUAUAUGAAGGUUGUUAAUCAACUAGAUGUUGAGAAAAAGAAAGGAGCAUUGGUAGAGAAAUUGAAGAGGCUUAAUAAGUUUUGGUGGGAAGUACCCAUUGAUGGGUUGAGUUUGAAUGAAUUAGAACAAAUGAGAUCAGCUAUGGAAGAAUUGAAGAAAACUGUCGCUGAAAGAAUUGAGGAGUUGGUGAUAAAUGGAGCUGCUUCAUCUACUUCUCCAAGGAUAAUGCCUACACCGUACUUGAACGUGAAACCAAUUGGUAUGAAUUUAUAA